CCUUUUCGUUCAGGACAUCAAAUGGAAAGGGCGGUGGCGGCGGCGGAAGCUCGACGCGAUGUUGUACGAUUUUCAUUAGGACACCACAAGUUCACAGCCCUUACAUUUUAACAAGAUUGGGCCUGUCCUAUAAGUAUUUUUCAUGUCGGGACUAGAAGAAUCUCUCUAUGCUCUUGACUGGAAUAACAAGAUGUCAAUUGCAGUCAUUACCAUGGUAUCUUAUGAGUGCAUACUUCAGUUCGAUAAAGAGGUCACGUUUGUUUGGGGAAGACCGUGGUCAAUGAUGUCGUGUCUGUACCUUGCUGUUCGAUAUUUCGGCCUUUUGGUUGCAAUAAUUUCCGGCCUCUGGGGAGGUUUAUUCUAUAUGUCUGAAGCAGUGAGCUAUGGUACGUUCCUGUUUAUGCAAUGGGGUAUUUCCGUAUAUUCUUGCUUGACGAAAGUCAUUCUCAUUUGGCGUCUAUACGCCCUAUACAACCAAUCCAAGCCCAUACUUUAUGUUCUACUGGGGUUGUUGCUACCUAUCGUCGCGCUCUAUAUAGCGAUGGAUGUAUAUCUAUGGAGUCGACCCUCAGCGAUCUCAAUGCAAGAAAUAAUAAUAACCCCGAACAUCAAGUACUGCACGGCUUUCUUCCACAUCAGGCCUAUGUUCGCGAUAUAUACUUCCAUCCCCGCCAUAUGCUAUGAUAUUUUGCUGGUUUUUCUCGCCAUUGCCGUCCUCGUAAAGCACCUGAAGGAACGGAAGGAAAUUAGAAUGAAGCCUAACAUCUAUAUAGUCUUGAUCGUCCGAUAUCAUGUGAUAUACUUUAUCCUGAAUUUGACAAUUCAGAUCUUCACGGCGAUAUUGUGGGCCAACAUUCCGAUGGUGGUGAUGAAUUUCAUACUGUUGUUCUACGACACGGCACCAUAUAUCAUCGUCCCACGUCUUAUCAUUAACAUUUGGGAAACGCAUGCCAACGACAACUGUGUGCGUGUCAGUACGACAUUCGAGGAUUGCGUCUGUUGGACUUCGCCACCGCAAUUGGAGCAGCACGAGAUGGAUAGAAGGGUAUGAUGUUCCAAAUUGAGACAGGGGUCAAGUGAAGUUCUUCGCUCAGACUCUUGUCUCAACAAUCUUCCUUGAUAUCUCAUGGGAGCAAGUAGUCCAGGGCCCAAUGGUUUUGUGUAACUAUGUACCAUCAUGUCCACAAAUUAUUAGUACAUAUUUAGCUUGUAUUUCAUAGCUAGGUGUAAAUUGCGGCCUAAUAUGAUUUAUUUUUUAGAGGAC